CUCGAACACAUCGCUGUUUUGUUUUCAUAAAUUCCGACGUUGUCACGCCAAUACAUAUGUCAUGUAUAUUUGUAAAGAAAUAUUGAUAGCAUUUAUAAAAUCCGAAACUUUUUUGUAUUGAAUUGAAGCAUCGAAUAAUGUGCGAACCACCUCAACAGGUUCGGCAGAAGAUCCCGAAGGAUGGCGUCGGGCCGAGGGGCGUUCCAGAUUGCUAUUACACGUCCCGAGUGCUGAACUCCACGUUUCGCUACGAGAAGUUCGUGCGCAAGCUGCGGGUCCUGGAGGAGGAGCAGCGCCGCGGCGCCGACAACAAGCUCAAGGAACUCAAGGACAAGCAGUACAGCGACUUCUUCAUCAGCUGCGACCGCCGCUCACUUGUGAACAACGUGGCGCGUCGCGUGGAGCUGUGCAUGGCCUCUUACGAAGAGGACGUCAAGCGCAAGAGACAGAGGUUGCUAGAGCUGUUCGCGGCGGAGGAGGAGGCCGACAUCCGCAAGUUGGUUGCGCAGGCGCAGGCCGGCGCCGCGGCGCUGUGGAGCGACAAGCAGCGUCGCCUGCAACACCUGCUCCAGAAACGCAAGCAGGAACACCUCGACAAGUACAAGGACACGCCGCUUUCUAAAUGCGUGCACGUGUUGCCGUGUAUCUUCAAGCUGCGCGCCAAGGAGGCUGAGCAGAUCCAGUUGUACCAGAUGCGCGAGAAACAAGCUCGCAAGAUGGCCGCGGCCGAGUUGGACAACAUGUGGCACGAGGUCGCCAUGAUGGAGUCCGACGCGCUGGCGGCUCGCAUGGAGCAGGACACCAUCGAGAGACUCCGCCGCGACCGCGAGUGCAAGCUCUACACCGACCUGCAGCUGCAGCAGCGACAACUGCAGCGCCGGAGGGAGAGGGACAUGCUGCGGGAGGAGGCGCGCCGCUUCAGGGCCGCGUGGGACGAGGACAUCCGCCUGCAGGAGGACGCGGAGCGCAGGCGCACACAGCAGCGCCUCGAGACGGCGCGCGAGCGAGACCGCAUGAUACAGGAGCGGCGGCGCGUGCGAGAGAGACAGCAACAAGACGAGCAGCUCCUCGCCGACACCUGGGACUCGCUCGCCGGACAGGGACGCGCCGACCAACUCGCCGGGAUACAGCUGGCCAAGAGGAAGGAGAGGGAGCUGGACGAGUGCAACAAGAGUCUGGCGGCACUACGCGACGAGUUCGCGAGGUUGGAGUCCGCCCACGACGACGAGCUACAGCGCGAGGCGCAGCGGAGACAGGACGCCAUGGACCACAAGCGCUGCGAGUACAAGGCCUGGGCCCGGGACACCAACCAGGAGGUACGCAAGGCGAUGGUGGAGCAGAUCCAAGCCCGGCAGGAGGCUCGCCAGCACCAGCACCAGCACAAGCAGCAGGAGGAGGAGUACCAGCGGCAGGUGGCCGACCAGCUGCAACUCCUCGUCACCCACAAGCAGCACACCGACGCCGCCGCCAGGAAACGACACCAGCAGGACCUGGUGCAGCAGAUGGAGUACAACACACUGCUUAAGGAGAGAGCACGCCAGGAGGAGCUGGAUCAGAUCCGGAAGUGCCAGCUCGCGACACAGGAGUACCAGCAGGAGAUCAACCGCAUGAUGUGCCGUCCGUUCUUCAGCGAGGAAGUGCAUCCGUUCAUGAAGCAGAUGGCGCGUGGACUGAAGAUGCAGGAGAAAUGUCCCUGCUCCAGGCCUGACCACUGCCAGUGACCAUACUCCACAAACAGGAGAAAUUAUUGUCUAUUUUCAUUUUCAUGUAUUUUUGGUAAUAAAUUGUUUCUUUUUUAUUGA